AAAUUGUGAGUGUGGCCACACUGAUGCAAUCGUCGAUCUCGUCGUGCUUAUUAUGCUGCUCAUGUUCCUACUUACUGCUGUGCAGUAAACAAAGCAAGGCCUUUUUGUGAUUGUUUUUGAACAGUCUGUUUUCUAUUAUUUCGUUGUGUUUUAAACACUAACUUCAGGAAUCGUUUGCAAUUAUAGUUUGGUACUAGUUGUGACACAUAUGUUCACAAUGUCCAGUGGCAGUAGCAAGGAUAAUGUAAAUACGGAGCCAGCUGCUGGGGAUACCGGGGCGGUGGCCGGUGCCAACGAAGCCAAAUCUGCAGCCCAGCUAAAAAAGGAGGCGAAGCAAAAAGCAAAAGAAGAAAAGAUGAAGAAAUUCAAUGAAAAGAAACAGAAACAGGAUGCCAUGAAAGAGUCUUCUGAAGGUAAAGAGAAGAAAAAGAAGGAGAAAAAAGAUGUAGCUGUGACAACUUAUGAUGUGAAAACUCCAUCUGGAGAAAAGAAAGAUACCACUUGUCAGCUGCCCGAUGCAUAUAGUCCUGUGUAUGUUGAGGCUGCAUGGUAUGAGUGGUGGGAGAAGAUGGGUUUCUUUAAACCAGAAUAUGGUAGAGAUAGCUUGGAAAAUGUAGAUCCCAAUGAUAUAUUUAUGAUCUGUAUACCACCCCCUAAUGUCACAGGUAGCCUCCAUUUGGGACAUGCUCUCACUAAUGCUAUUGAAGAUGCCUUAACAAGAUGGAAUCGUAUGAAAGGAAAAGUUGCAUUGUGGAACCCAGGAUGUGAUCAUGCAGGGAUCGCCACUCAAGUUGUGGUUGAGAAGAGACUGUGGCGGGAAAAAAGACUUACCAGGCAUGAUAUAGGAAGAGAGAAAUUUCUUGAGGAAGCUUGGAAAUGGAAAAAUGAAAAGGGUGGCCGAAUUUAUGAUCAACUACGUAAGAUCGGUUCUUCAUGUGACUGGGAUAGAGAGUGCUUUACGAUGGAUCCAAAGCUUUCUCGUGCUGUGUCCGAGGCAUUUGUCCGUAUGCAUGCUGAUGGUACGAUUUACCGUAGCAACCGUCUUAUUAACUGGUCCUGCACUCUGAAGUCGGCUAUAUCAGAUAUAGAGGUCGAGAAACGUGAACUUCCCGGCAGAACCUUGCUAUUUGUCCCUGGAUAUGAAGAAAAAAUUGAGUUUGGUGUUCUAAUUGAAUUUGCAUACAAGGUGGAAAACUCAGGUGAAGAGAUUGUUGUCGCUACGACACGUAUCGAGACAAUGCUUGGUGACACAGCUGUUGCUGUUCACCCGGAGGAUCAACGAUACAAGCAACUCCAAGGAAAGAACGUCAUCCAUCCAUUCCGCAACGAACCAAUCCCAAUCAUUGCUGAUGACUUUGUUGACAUGAACUUUGGCACAGGUGCUGUUAAGAUUACACCAGCCCAUGACCCCAAUGAUUAUGACUGCGGUAAGAGGAAUAAUCUCCCAUUCCUUCAAAUGAUAGAUGAUGAGGGAUAUAUCACAGAUGUCGGAAAACAGUUUAAGGGUAUGAAGAGAUUUUUAGCCAGGACAGCGGUAUUAGAGGCACUGAAGGAGAAGAACCUAUACAGAGGCACCAAGGACAAUCCCAUGCUGAUCCCUAUAUGCAGUCGUUCUAAAGACAUUGUUGAACCGCUGGUCAAGUCUCAGUGGUUUGUGGACUGCACUGAGAUGGCUGCUGCUGCUGUGCAAGCAGUUGAGGAUGGAGAUUUGGAGAUAAUCCCUGACAUGCACAUAAAAACCUGGAAUCAGUGGUUGAAAAACAGCAGGGAUUGGUGUAUCUCGCGUCAACUUUGGUGGGGCCAUCGUAUCCCAGCUUAUUUUGUAACUGUGGAUGAUAGCAGUGUGCCACCUGGAGAGGAUACAGACAACAACUAUUGGGUGAGUGCUACCACAGAAGAGGAAGCAUUGGAGAAAGCAGCUGCCAGGUUCAAAGUUCCCAAGGAUAAGAUUCAACUCAGGCAAGAUGAUGAUGUUUUGGAUACAUGGUUUUCAUCAGGCAUUUUCCCAUUCUCCAUCUUUGGCUGGCCAGAUGAGACCCCUGACCUGAAAACCUUCUAUCCAGGUACGCUGCUGGAGACAGGCCAUGACAUUAUCUUCUUCUGGGUAGCACGCAUGGUAAUGAUGAGCCUGAAGCUCAAUGGCAAACUACCGUUCAAGCAAGUGUAUCUGCACGCAAUGGUACGUGACGCACAUGGCCGCAAGAUGAGCAAGUCGCUAGGCAACGUGAUUGACCCAGUCGAUGUUAUCAAAGGGAUUACAUUGGAGGGCUUGCACAAGAUUUUAGAACAGGGAAACUUAGACCCCAAAGAAGUACAGCGGGCUAAGGAUGGACAGAAGAGGGACUACCCGAACGGAAUACCUGAAUGUGGUACUGAUGCUCUUCGAUUUGCGCUUUGUGCGUACACAGCCCAGGGUCGUGACAUCAACUUAGAUGUGAUGCGUGUACUCGGGUACCGUCAUUUCUGCAACAAGAUGUGGAAUGCAACUCGCUUUGCAACAAUGACCCUAGGAGAAGGCUUCACACCUAAAGCUAAAUUUGAGCUUUGCGGACUGGAAGGCCCGAUGGAUCGAUGGAUUCUUAGCCGAUUAGCUAGCGCUGUCCAGGCGUGUGAGAUUGGUUGGCCUGUAUUUGAUUUUUCCUCCAUUACUACCUCAAUUCAUCACUUUUGGCUGUAUGACCUAUGUGACUACUACUUGGAAUACAUGAAGCCUAUUGUGCAGUCUGGUGAUUCCGCUCGUGUUGAUGCCGUCCGUCAGGUCUUGUACACAUGCCUUGAUAUCGGCCUACGACUCAUCAGCCCGUUCAUGCCAUUCAUCUCCGAGGAACUCUUCCAGCGUUUGCCUAGAAGGACAGAAGGAGAACCACCAAGUAUAUGUGUCACUCGCUAUCCAGAUGUUAAAGAAUGUCCAUUUAGUAAUGAGAAGUUGGAUUCAGAUGUUGAAUUUGUGCAGUCUAUUAUUAAACAGAUUCGAUCAUUGCGAGCUGAUUACAAUCUCGUCAAAACAAAAGCAGAUGAUGGUGCAAACAGAGAAUGAAUUGAAGAAAAUUGAAGAAGCUAUACGAACGUUCAAGCUGGUAGAAUGAUGGAAUUUUAGCUAAGAAUGCAUUUAUAUCUAUAUAAAAAGAAUCCUCAGACUUCACAACAUUUUUGAAGGUUUGCAUAUAAUUAUAUGCUACUGUAAACAAAACAAGAGCACAAUUACAAAAAAGUAUAAUAAUGAUGAAUUUUAUUGUUUUCUGCUUUGCCCAGAAUGUAUCAAGUUCAUAUUUUCCUGAUGAGAGCAUACAAAAUGAAUAUUUAUUAGACAUGGUGAUGUUGGAUGACAUGGAUAAAGGGACAUAUUGCAAUUCUGGGAUACAAUUCUGGAAUUUAUUUGUGAAAAUCUGUUAUAACCAUAAAAAUUGGUUUAAAGUUUAUUAAUUAAACCAUUUAACAAUCAGGUUGUGAUCCUUCAAAUCAAAAUGUUGCUUGAUUAGUAUAAUUAGUUUGGGAACAUUUUUUAUGAUUUUUAAAUAAAAACUGUUGCCUUGUUUCAGUUGUACUUAAGAAGUUAAUAUUUUAAAUGAUGAAAUACAAUUAGCAAUUCCCUAAUUGCGGUGCCUGAUAAAGAACAGAUGAUAUCAGAUCAUUGUGUUGCAAGGGAGUGAAAUCAUAUUGGGCUUAUUCAAAAAGAAUUAAUUAAUUUAAAAAUUCUUAGACAAGUAAUGUUUUUAUGGUUAUGGAUUUUUUUAAAAUUGAGCUAUUCUUGAACCACAAAUGAUGAUUUGAUGCAAAUGUUAUAAAUAUUAUAGAGUCUUAUUACAUUUAUGAUAUCAAAAGUGUCAUUUUCAGCUAAAUAUCUCCAGUAAGUUACUUAAAAUGAAAUUAAUCCAAAUAAUACAGAAAAAUACUAGUGAUGUUUUACUUCACUGAAAGUCAAUAAUGCUGAAUUAUAAUGCUAUA